AUGAGGCACCUCUUGCUGGAGGACAGGACAAAUCCUCAAAACCCGAUUUUAGAUGAAAGCUCAGCGGCGAGUCUCGUCAAUACAUCAGGUUUUAAUUCAAAUGGACCAACUGCACCAGUCCAUAUUGGGGAAUCGAUUAGAGCGAAGGAAAGAGAGAAACAAUUUUAUCACAGUUUUGAGUUGGUCUCUCAGGGGGGAGAAGAAGAGGCUUAUAAAAGUUUUUUCAGAGAAGCAAAGAGCGAAUUCGUCCCAUUAUUUUUUGCACUCACCUGGCAUGGAACAUCUGCGGAGAGCUUUCUGCCUCUCCAACUUGUUCCCCAAUUUCCAAAAAAUACUCUUCUCCAUCUGAGCGCUAAGGGUUUGAGACGCAGUGAUGUAGAACAGAUUCUCAAGAAAGUUUUGGAUCUCGGGAUUAGGAAUUUAUUUGUCGUUCGUGGAGACGACCCUCCAGACCACACAGACUUCACGUACGCUGUAGAUCUGAUUAAAUUCAUCAGAAGUCUGUACAACGAUGAAUUCUGUAUUGCAGUUGCAGGAUAUCCAGACACCCACCCAGAGUCUCCUUCGAAAGAAUCUGAUCUUUAUUACCUCAGAAAAAAGGUCGACGCUGGUGCCAGCUUCAUAAUAACGCAAAUUCUAUUCGAAUCGGGAAGAUUCAUACGAUUCGUCGAAGCAUGCAGAUCGUGUGGAAUAGACGUUCCAAUCAUUCCGGGAAUUUUUCCAAUAUCGAACUACAGGACUUUUAUGAAACUGGAGAGGAUUUGCAAUCUGACGGUUCCCAAAAAGAUCCAUGAAGACUUAUCUAAAAUUAAAGAGAAGGGUGGAGAAGUGAGAGAUUAUGGGAUUAAUCUGGCAACGAGAGUUGCGAAGGAAAUCCUGUCCAGUGGAGUCGUUCACGGAUAUCAUCUAUUCACUCUCAACAAGUGA